UGCAGGAUUUCACGAGAUAUCUCAGGCGGGAGUAGCAUGUGCCAUAGCGUUCUUGAUGUUUCUACUAGAGAUAACUCAACUGUUGGAAGCUUACAUGUGGAUCAUAAGCAUCGGUAUUCUGCUCGCAUCUUUCUGGACAAACUACAUGUACGUAUCGCACGAAGUCGCUCACAUCGACGAGAAAUUCAGUUGGAACAUCUCCUCGGACUCGGCCGGAAUAAUCGCGAGUGUCGUCUUCGUCCAGGUCGCGCUGGCGUGCGUCCUGCUGCACAUACGACAAAACUUUGGCCUGCCAAAGCUAGCUGUGAUAGCGUCGUUCAUCCUACCCGUGCAGCUGCGUCUGCUGCUCGUGCCGGCGAACGUGCUGCUGUUUGCGCCGCUCGCCGCGCUGCUCCUGCCGUCGCUCUACCUGGCGCUGCUGCUCAUCGUCGAGAUCGUCUGCUACGCGACGUACAUCCGCGGUAUCGUCAACUGGUCGCGCUACGCGAUGCGCAACUACGGCCUGCAGGCGUUCGUCGAGAACCAGUGGAGCCGGCUGCAGGUGCCGCACGUGCUGCGCGUCUUCUGGCUGACGCGGCUGCUCGAGCAGGGCAUCUACGUCGUCGCCGAGCUGCUGCACAUCGACGGCGGCGGCGCGGCGUCGUGGUGGCUCGGCGUCGACGACGUCGUCGCCGUCGCGAAGCUGCUUCUCGUGCGCGGCUGCGAGACGGUGGUGGCGCUGCUCGGCAUGACGUCGGUCGUCUCGCGCAUCGCCUACUACGGCGGCUGCCUCGUGCAGCUGCUGCUCGAUUCCGACGAGCAGGAGGACCAGAGCAUCGGCACCGUGUCGGCGGUGCUCUUCUUCAUCCUCGCGCUGCAGACGGGGCUGGUGGGACUCGAGCCGGAGAAGCGGCUGCAGCGGCUCUACCGCAACAUGUGCCUGCUCGCGACCGCGCUCAUGCACUUCUUCCACAACCUUGUGCACCCGCUGCUGAUGUCGCUGAGCGCGUCGCGCGUGCGCUCGCUGCCGCGGCACGGACGCGCGCUCGCCGUCUGCGCGCUGCUCAUCGUCGUGCCGUCGUGCUUCCUCGGCUACCUGUGGCGCAGCCACCACCUUGGCACGUGGCUGCUCGCCGUGUCCGCGUUCUGCGUCGAGCUCAUCAUCAAGGUCGUCGUCUCGCUGCUCGUCUACGCGCUGUUCAUCGUCGACGCGCACCGUGAGGACUUCUGGGAGGGACUCGAUGACUAUGUGUACUACAUUCGCGCGGCUGGCAGCACGAUUGAGUUCAUGUUCGGCAUCUUCCUCUUCUGCAACGGCGCGUGGAUUCUGCUGUUUGAGAGCGGUGGCGCGAUACGCGCCGUCAUGAUGUGCAUUCACGCCUACUUCAACAUCUGGGUGCAGGCGAAGGAGGGCUGGCGGACGUUCAUGCAGCGGCGUACGGCCGCGCACAAGAUCCGCUCGUUGCCGGCAGCGACCGCCGCGCAGCUGCUCGUUCUCAACGACGUCUGCUCGAUCUGCUACCAGGAGCUGCAGAGCGCGUGCAUCACGCAGUGCAACCACUACUUCCACGGCGUGUGCCUGCGCAAGUGGCUCUACGUGCAGGACAACUGCCCGCUGUGCCACGGGACGAUAUACCGGUCGGACGACGUUGUGUCGGACGCCCCCGCCGUCGACCAGCUACCCGAUCACGAACACCAGGAGUGACGGCCGCGGCGCCUGUAGGUGGCAGCACGGGCACGCCAUGGCGACGCGUGGCGUGACGGGAGUGGUACGAGCUCAGUAGAGUCAGUACAGCUUCGUCGAGUGGGGGACGUGGCCGCACGCGUGUGCGUAGAAUCACGACAGCUGUAACCCAUCAUCCGAAUGCUGUUUUCGUGAAGAGAUUCGUAGCGAAGCUUUGCCGUGUGCACCAGGGGCGAAACAAUAAGAUAUAAGUAUGAUCUUAACACGUGAUAGAUGCGGAUUUCUGUUGUUGGAGCCGUGAUGUGAAUGUGUUUCAUUACAUGUGUCGAGUUCGGUUUGAGAUGAAUUUGAACCGAUUGUAGUCUGCGUUUUUGCUAUUCCUCUGAGGUUCAAAUGGACUAUUAUUUAUUUGGUUGAUUCUCUUCCCAUUCUCUGCUUGUUAGGAGAAGAAAGUACUUGUGCUAUACAGUGGAAUAUGACGUGUUGAUGUUCAGCUUGAGCGUUUGAGGCAGUUACAAAGUGCAUAAUAUAUAAAUCAGGAAGAAAAAUGUUAUAUUGUUUUUGACAAACUAGUUAUACUUUUCUUGUUUUCUUAUUCAGAAUAAUAAGACACCUUAGUGAUACUGUAUUGUGUGAUUCGGCUUUAAUGAAAAUCUUUAUUCUAUAAACCAUAUAUAUUUAUACCAGCUACUUAUAUUCUACUGCAUAAUUUAUUCUUUUUGUGUUCCACAUAAAAGUAUUAUAUGUGCUUUCAACUUUC